AUGUCGGAGAAGAGGAGUAAAGAUCCAAGAUUUUCGAAAAUUUACGAUGAUCCAAAGUUCAAUAAUGUUAAAACGAAAGGAUUCAAGGUUAAGUUGGAUGACAGAUUUAGUAAGAAAGAUCUGGAGAUCAAGCGGAAGACAAAGGUCGACAAGUAUGGUCGUCGAAUGAGGGAUGUGGAAGAUAGUAAGGAAUCUAAGGACUUUGACAAAUACUUUGAACAAAGUGAUGAAGAAAAGAAGAAGGAUAAAGAUACUGAAAUACUUACUGUCGAUCGUGCGCGCGGAGAAGUGCCUAGCGAUUAUGUGAGCUCUUCAGAUGAGUUCACUUCCUCGGACUCUGAAGUCUCCGAUAACGAGGUCGAGAGCGAAAGUGAAUCCGAAGUUGAGCUAGAAAAGACUGAACCUUCAUCUGGGGAUUCUUCAAAGACAUUGGCUGUUGUUAAUCUGGAUUGGGAUAAUGUUCGGUCUUCGGAUUUGAUGAUCACUUUUUCCAGUUUCCUACCCGCUGGCGGUAGGAUUGAGAAGAUAGCUAUUUAUCCAAGUGAAUUUGGAAAAGAGAGAAUGCAGAGGGAAGAAGUGGAAGGGCCUCCAAAGGAAUUGUUCCAAAAAAAGAAGAAGAAAUCUAAGAAGGGCCAGCAAGAAGACAGCGAUUCCGAUAUUGACGUAAAGGAUUUGUACGAAGAAGGUGAUGCUGACAAAAAUGUGGAUAAUAAGGCACUGCGCCAAUACCAACUUGAUAGACUGAGAUAUUAUUAUGCUGUUGUUUACUGCAACAAUGUCGCAGCAGCUGAGAGCAUAUAUAACAACUGUGAUGGUACUGAAUACGAAUCUACCGCAAACAUAUUCGAUAUAAGGUAUGUGCCAGAUGGCAUGGAUUUCGAUGGAAAGCCAAAAGACAGUUGUACAGAACUACCUAAAAAUUACAAACCACUACAGUUUAGCACCGAUGCUUUGCAGCAUUCCAAUGUUAAGCUAACGUGGGAUGAAACUCCUGCUGAUAGACUUGAUGUUGCGAAGCGAGCAUUUACUCAAAAGGAAAUAGAAGAUAUGGAUUUCAAGGCAUACCUCGCAUCUGAUUCGGACGAUUCAGAAGAUGAAGUUGAUGCUCAGUCCAAAAGCAAACUCAAGUCUCUAGUUACUGGGUCUUCUGCGUUCGAUUUUACGAGAAAGAAUGCUGAUGAGGUUGAUGGCAAUGAUGAAGAAGUUGAUAUGGAGAUAACUUUCACCCCGGGUCUUGACGAAGCUAACAAGGAUGGGCAGGAAGGUCAGGAGGAAGAAAGUACGAUUGAUAAGGUUAGGAGGAAGGAGAAAGAACGUCGUAAGGCGAGAAAGGCGAAGGUGAAGGAACUGAAGCACCAGGCAGAGCAGGAUAAGAAGGUGAAAUUGAAGAAGGGAAGGGGGAAGCAGACCUCAGACAUCGAGCAAGAUCCGAAGUCUAAAGCGGAACUUGAAUUGCUGAUGAUGGACGAUGAAGACGAUACCGAAAAAUCAAUCAACAAGAAAGCACAUUUCAACAUGAAGGAGAUUUUAAAGAGUGAAAAGGAGAAGAAGAAGAAAAACAAGUAUCAAGAUAAGAAUAAGAUUGUGGUAGACGAUUUCAAACCAGAUUUGGAGGACCCAAGAUUCAAAGAGAUGUUUGAAGGUCAUGAUUUCGCAAUCGAUCCAACUCAAUCAGAAUUCAGAGGCACGAAGGCCAUGAAAGAAAUGCUUAACAAGCGCAGCAAGCAAGCCCAUAGAGUAAAUUCGAAGAGAAAGAUCGCCACGCAAGAAAAUGAUACAAAUGAAAAUGGAGAUAUCGCUAAUAUAGUUGCUAAACUGAAGAAGGGAGGUAGGAAAAAAGUGAAGAGUAAAUAA